UCUGCAGUAUUUUUUACCCGUUUAUCAAUAUAUUAUCAUAAAGUCCCCAUGAACACAGCUGAUGGGGCUCAGCUUUGCCCAGCAAUGAGUCCGUUUUGGAGACAGCUGGCACUGGCAUGACAGCAACCCCAGUCUCUUCUCACAGAGACCACUUGUGCAAUGCCCCCACUACCAAAACCUUGCUACCUAAACCCAAUAAAAGCAGUGAGAUUAUGUUUGAAAUGUUCUGUAGGAGCUGAGGGUCCCCAAUUACAUGUUAUAUACUACUAAAUGCCAUAAGACCUGAUAUAAAUUCUUCAGUGGAGGCAUCCUUCCUUCUGCAAUGUUUGAAGGCUCAUGUUGGGCACUACCAUAGCUAUCUGUUGUAAGUCAUUGUAAUAACAAUUAGAUAAGUGAGUAUAUAUAAUCUGGAGGCUUAUAUUGUGAAAUCCUGAUUUCCUUGGAGAAAGCGGCCAGCUCCAUAACCCAGCAGGAUGUGGUGUUAGAUAAUAAAGCCACCAUGAAUACACCCCACCUUGAAAUGACUAGAAUUUAAAUAAUGUUAGAAGUUAUUGAUUAACCUGGGGUUGGGUAGGACUUAGCUGCUCUAGUAAAAGUUGACUGCCCCAUCUGUAUGCUUCCUUUAUUGAAGAGCAGAAGAAUUGCAUCUUCCACACUCAGGAUAAGCAAAAAUGGGCAGUUCACAUAGCAAGUCUUACAAUCUCUCAGAGGAUAUACGGAAAACAACCAUAGGGACUACCAGUUUGUCAGCAGAUGAGCCAUCAACCAAUAAACACCAUCACCAUGGUUUUGAUGCAGACCGAGAUGCCAAGAAAAUACAUAGUGCCUGUAAAGGAGCAGGGACUGAUGAAAAGAAAAUCAUUGAAAUCUUGUCGAGUCGAACAUCAGGGCAGAGACAACAAAUAAAACAGAAAUACAAGUCUCUCUAUAGCAAGGAUCUGGAAGAGGUCCUGAAGGGAGAGUUGAGUGGGAAUUUCGAGAAGGCUGUGCUGGCUCUGCUGGACCUGCCCUGCGAGUACGAGGCCCGAGAGCUUCGGAAGGCGAUGAAGGGAGCUGGGACGGAUGAGUCGCUGCUGAUUGAGAUUCUCUGCACACGAAGCAAUAAGGAAAUUGUAAACGUAAAGGAGGCAUACAAACGGCUCUUUGACAGGGAUCUAGAGUCUGAUGUUAAAAGUGACACAAGUGGCUCCCUGCGGAAGAUAUUAGUCACUGUGCUAGAGGCAACCCGAGAUGAGACCCAGGAGGUCAAUGAAGAGCUCGCCGUGCAAGAUGCCACAGAUCUCUAUAAAGCAGGAGAAGGCCGCUGGGGAACAGACGAGCUGGCUUUCAAUGUGGUCUUAGCAAAGAGAAGCUAUAGUCAGCUGAGAGCUACUUUUCAAGCCUACGAAAAGGUGUGUGGGAAGGACAUAGAAGAAUCCAUUAAAAGUGAAACUUCUGGAGAUCUUGAGAAGGCUUAUCUCACUCUUGUCAGCUGUGCCAAAGACUGCCCAGGUUACUUUGCUACACUUCUGCACAAGUCAAUGAAAGGAGCUGGGACUGAUGAAGACACCUUGAUUCGCAUCCUUGUGACGAGGUCUGAGAGCGACCUGCCAGCAAUACAGGAGAAGUUCCAGCAAAUGUACAAGAAGUCGUUAGCUGAAGCUGUCCGAUCUGAUACCUCUGGGGAAUUCAGGAAGCUGCUGCUGGCUAUUUUGCACUAAGGAGCCAUCAGGAAUGAAGAGGCAUGCUGAGCAGCCACCUCUUGAUUAGCUUCCAAAAUAGCAUUCAAAAAAUGUGGCAUUAGCACAAAGGAAAAAAAUCCAAUUUAUUUUCUUUCCAGCUGGGAAAUGUGUUGCCAAGUAAUGCUGGACGUGAGGUUUAUGUUAUGGCUAUCUCGCCAAAUGUACUUAAGCAAUAAAGAUGUGUUAAAAAAAACCCAUGUA